CACAGGCUGGGAUAAGGGUGUCACCUUCGUGGGAGCACAGAGUGCCGGCAGUUGCCCGAGGAAGCACAGCAGCAGUUAUCCGCAGGUGUUCCACGGAGCAGCCAUGUCCACCCUUUACCCGUCUCUGGAGGACCUGAAGGUGGACCAAGUCAUCCAGGCCCAAGCCAGGAUGUCAGUCCCACCAGGCCCAGUGGCAGCCACCUCCCCACCUCCAGUUUUGUACCCAAACCUGGCAGAACUGGAGAAUUACAUGGGCCUUUCCCUCUCCAGCCAAGAGGUCCAGCAGAGCCUGUCUCAGACUGUGGCCGUCUCGGGCUCUUGGGCAGGCCACGUGGUGGCACCUGUGUCAGGGAACAACCUGGGUGUGCAACGUGCAGAGAUCAAGCCUGGGGUGCGGGAGAUCCAACUGUGCAAGGAUGAGCGCGGCAAGACAGGGGUGCGGCUGCGCGCCAUCGACAAGGGGAUUUUUGUGCAGUUGGUUCAGGCCAACACCCCUGCAUCCCUCGUGGGAUUGCGCUUCGGGGACCAGAUCCUGCAGAUCAACGGAGAGGAUUGUGCUGGGUGGAGUACAGACAAAGUGCACCGUGUGAUGAAGAAGGCCUCAGCUGAAAAGAUCGUCAUGAUUGUUCGGGACAGGCCAUUCCAGCGGACUGUGACCACACACAAGGACAGCAUGGGCCAAGUGGGCUUCUUCAUCAAGAAGGGCAAGGUCACCUCCAUAGUCAAAGGGAGUUCUGCGGCCCGCAAUGGGCUCCUGAUCAACCACUACGUGUGCGAGAUCAACGGGCAGAAUGUCAUUGGACUCAAGGACAAAGAUAUCACAAAGAUUUUGGCCACAGCUGGAAACGUCAUUACCCUGACUAUCAUCCCAGCUGUCAUCUACGAGCACAUGAUCAAAAAGUUGUCCCCCAGCCUGCUUCACCACACCAUGGACCACUCCAUCCCAGAUGUCUGAAGCUGCAAGGUCUCUGGCCUGCCUACCAUCCUGCCCUGGCUUGGCAGUUCGCAGCUGGCCUCUGCCCACCGUGGGGGCUGGGUAGGUGGUGUGGCGUUCCAGGUGGGUGGAUGUCAGAUCAGGGGGGAUCUUUUCCCUUGAGCACACAGCCCUCCUGGGAGGCUGAGGCACUUAGCUGGGCUGAGGCACAGUUUUCUGAGCUGGUUUAAAUGCGGGGCAUGUAGGUGGCCAGCUCCACACUUUGCAAGAUUUUGCCUGUACUAGGAGUACUUCCAUGUCCUGACAGAACUCUUGGGGAGAGUUGUUGUUUUGCCCUUACACGAUCUUCCACAUUGACUGUGUGCAGCUGUAAUCGUUCACUGUCUUAUGAAUAAAGAUUUGAUUUCAAACAGUC